AUGGUCACCGCUGAUAAAUUACAUCUCAUGAAAAGUCACAACAGCAUCUGCACCUCCCUACGACCGUUGUGCAGCGACGUGUGCGUAGUGCUAGGGAAUGGUAAACACCGCUGUUUGUGUCCACAAGCAUUUGUGCUGCGCUAUGCAAAAGGAACCAAAAAGUUGGGAGGUAAGGCUUCGUUUGCUUGUUACGAAUAUUGCCUCAACGAAGGAAUCUGCCAUCUCAUUGACGAAAUUUCUAUAUGCUUCUGUAACAACGGAUUUGUUGGCGACAGAUGCGAACAGAAAAGCUUCUACAAACACGACGAAAACAGUUUCGAUUCUGAUUUCGUAUUUAGCAGUAUUUUCAGCAAUAAUGAAACUGUUAAGUUCAAUUCCACUUUUAGUAGUGACAAAAUAAUGAUGUCAGGAUCUACUAAGAAAAGAUCAAGUAGUUCUCUGAAUACAGUGAUUAUUAUUUUCGUCGUAAUGUUUAUGCUUACCACAGUUGGAUUCAUUUUUUAUAGAAAAGGGGGAUCUCGUAGUGGGAUCCCGUACUUCACAUCCGUGGGUCCUGAGGGGGCAUAUAUAAAUCUUGUCGGCGCCAUACUAUCUUUGACUUCUGGGGAGACUGUUGGGUAUGCCAGCAGCGUCAGUUUCUCAAUAUCUUGGGCUCAAUAUCUUGUGCUGACUCUCCAGACUUUUGAACACGGUGUUCCAACUGUGUACGAGAAUAUCCGUGUUGUGUUUGUUCCCGUAGGUUAUGGAAAUAUUUUGCACAAAUCAGUUCUCACGGAUUCAUGUCUCGUACUCGAGCACAUUAGUUAG